AUGUUUCGCAGUCGGAGCUGGUUCGGUGGUGGACUUUGGAAGCCCAAGAACCCACAUUCUCCAGAGCACCUAAAAUACCUAUACAAUGUCUUGUCGAAGAAUCAGACUGUGUCAGAGAACAACAGAGGUUUGCUGGUCGAAACACUGCGUUCGAUAGCAGAGAUUCUCAUAUGGGGUGAUCAAAAUGAUAGUAGUGUAUUUGAUUUUUUUCUGGAAAAGAACAUGCUUUCAUUUUUCCUACGUAUUAUGAAGCAGAAAUGUGGAAGCUAUGUAUGUGUCCAAUUGCUUCAAACAUUAAACAUUUUGUUUGAAAACAUACGUAAUGAGACAUCUUUAUAUUAUCUGUUAAGUAACAAUCAUGUAAAUAGUAUAAUAGUGCACAAAUUUGACUUCAGCGAUGAAGAAGUGAUGGCAUAUUAUAUCAGUUUUCUGAAAACAUUGAGUUUGAAAUUAAACGCACAUACUAUCCAUUUCUUCUAUAAUGAGGUAAACGAGCAUACCAAUGAUUUUCCACUAUACACAGAAGCGAUCAAAUUUUUCAAUCAUUCGGAAGGUAUGGUGCGUAUAGCCGUAAGAACUCUGACAUUAAAUGUAUAUCGCGUAGAGGAUGCAUCAAUGCUAGCUUUUAUAAGGGAUCGUACAGCUGCGCCAUAUUUCAGUAAUCUCGUGUGGUUUAUCGGUGACCACAUUAUAGAAUUAGACACUUGUGUUCGGAAUGAUGCCGAUCAUCAAAGUCAAAAUAGGCUGUCAGAUUUAGUUGCGGAACAUUUAGAUCAUUUACAUUAUUUAAAUGAUAUCUUAUGUUUGAAUAUACCGGACUUGAAUAAAGUUCUAUCGGAACACUUGUUACAUAAAUUAUUAAUCCCAUUGUACGUUUAUUCUUUGAUAAAAUACAAAAAUGCUUUGUGCCAAACUCAGGAUGAGAGAAAACAUGUCAGCGUUGUGGUAGCACUUUUUCUACUUUCUCAAGUCUUUUUGAUAGUAUCGCACGAACCUCUUGUACAUACAUUAGCAACUGUAAUGCUCAUGUCCGAUUUGGAGACGAUUCAAAUUGGAACAAAUGAAGUUCUGGAAAAAUUCGAAGAUAUAAUAUCAAAUAAAUCUGUUACUCUUUCAUCGCCGAAAGAAACGUUGGAAAAAUCUUCGAAAACUUUAAACAAAACGUGCUCAACAUCUGACGACUCUUACAAUCAAGAAAACAGUAUAAGAGAAGAAGUUAGAAGUGCAAUUGAUGAAGUGCAAAAAUUUAAUCACCCAAGCACAUCUUUUGACGAUGCUUCAACCUCUGUAAAUACUCCUGUUCUUACACCAGUAAGUACAAGUAUAGCAAGUGAAGAGGAUUUAGAAGAAAUUAAACAAUUGAAUGUGACGGACGAGGAGAAAGAGCAACGCUUGGCAUUGGAAAGCCCUUUGAUGUCUCAUCAAAGUCAAAAUGAUAUAAUCGAUUCCUUAGCAAAGAAACCAUUUUUAGAAACAAUAACCAAUUCCUUAUUAUGCACGGAAAAUGAUUAUGCUGCAUUAUUCGCGCUUUGCCUAUUAUAUGCCUUAGCUAAUAAUCAGGGUAUAAGUCGUAAAAUUCUAGACAUAAUCUUGGCUCCAUUCCAUAAUAAUACGUCGACGAAGAAUUCCUAUAAUGAAUUACUCAUGGAUAGAUUGAUUCAUAUUAUAACUUUGAGUUGUCAAACAAAUUCCAAAGUGAGACUCAUUACAUUGGAGCUAACUAUCAAAUUAUUAACACAACUGACGGUAUCUGAAGGACAAUGCAUGUUACAAGAAUCACAUCUAGCAAUCAUUGAAGCAGCAAAAGAACAAAGCACAUCUCUGCUGAAAAACUUUUAUAAGAGCGAAGAUAUUUUUUUGGACAUGUUUGAGGAUGAAUAUAGCGAAAUACAAAAACGACCGUUAAAUGUCGAGUGGUUAAUGAUGGAUAGCAAUAUUUUAUUGCCUCCUACGGGCACACCUAUGACUGGAAUUGAAUUUAGCAAAAGGCUUCCAUGUGGCGAGGUGGAAAGGGCACGUCGUGCAAUAAGAGUUUUCUUUUUGAUUCGAGAACUCUCUUUGACCCUCAACAUGGAAGUGGAGACUCAAUUACCAUUGACUAAUCCGGCUAAUUGCGUACAAGUUAACAACGUUCUUGAUCUAAAUAACAGUGAUUUGAUUGCAUGUACUGUUCAAUGGAAAGACGGCCAGAAAAUUCGCCGUUUUUUAGUCAUUGACGUUGUGCAGUUGAUACUUGUGGAGCCUGAUAUUAGUAAACUUGGAUGGGGUGUUGCAAAGUUAGUUGGUUUUUUACAAGACAUUGAUGUGGCCGGUGACAAGGAUGAUUCAAGAUGCUUAUAUUUGACGAUUUACAAACCAUUAAGCAGCAGCACAGGCAAUCGUAUACCAUUGCUAUCGGCUAAAUUUAUUUUUGAUGAUCAUAUUCGUUGCAUGGCAGCUAAACAACGAUUGACAAAGGGACGAAUAAAAGCAAGACAAAAGAAGAUGAAUCAAAUCGCAAGAUUGCUGGAUAUUCCAACAAGUAUGCCUCAUUGUUCGACACCACCCAAUUAUGCCUUGCGUGGUUUACGACAUGAACGUAUAGUCGGACGUGGUCAAAGAUUGCAAAGAGAUCAACAAGCGAGGCCGAUGUUUACGGUGAACAAAGUUCCUGGAUUCGCAGCUCAAAUGCGUAGGGAAAAUGUUAGGCCGAUAGCAUCGUCAAGUUCCAAACGCGAUGAUGCCAGUUCGAACGAGAGAAUCCAUGAAAAUGGUUUGCGAUCUAGAGACGGUUCGCCAAAAAUGCCAAGACCGCGAAGCGAGGAAAUUCCUCUAGAGGACAUGUGUAUUCGGAAAGCUUCUCUUACGUCCAAUGGGUUGAAUACAACGCAUGUAUGCACAGAGAGAAGGGACAGCCAAGGUGCUUGUUCAAAUAACAGCGAAUCUUCGUCUGUGAUUAGAAAACACUCUGAAGAAACAUCUUUCACAUCUCCACAAGGGCAAGAACCAAAGCCACGUAGAAAGGGUCAAGUGGAAACCGUAUGAUUAAAACAGUACAGUUAACUCAAACUAGUAAUUUCAAACUAAACGUAUCUUUUAAAAACUUCAGAGAAUUAAAAAAGAACGAAUUAAAAUGUAUAUACAUCAUACUUUUGAGUUAACAAAAAGAGCUUGCUUAACUAAUUUAAUAAAAAAAUUUUUAGUGUAAUCAUUUUAUUUUAUAACUAGUAAAACUAUAAUUUUUAUAUAUUUUUGUCAAAUAUGUGGGUAAUCAAUUUUUUCAAUGAAAGCUCUUAUGACUAACGUAGAAAGAAAUGAAAUGGAAGUUAUUAAAUAAUCUUUUUAAAUCCAUCGUUGUUAUAAUUUUUUUGUUAGGAAUCAUUAAGGUCGUUUUUAUAUAUAGAUACUUCAUUUUAUGUCUAUUCGCACUACUCUCUUGAUAUUAACAUCUUUAACGGAAAAAAAUGACACGUCUCGUAAUUAUUUUGUAUGUAUAUAUUUGUUUUGCGAAGAUAUAAUUUUCCUGUAAUUUAAAAAUAAAGAAAAUUACAUUCUUUAAAUAACAUUAAUCAUUUAUAUUUACAUCUAAAAUAAAUUUUUGAAAAAUUGAUCUUUUGUGAAUGAUUGUAAAGCGUAAGAUUUAAGAAUUGAAUAUAAAAUAUACCCUAAAUAAACUGUUAUAUCAGAAA